AUGCUGUCGAGUCAAUUGGCCAAAUCGAUUGAACAACAAUAUCAAAAAAAGACUCCUAUUGAACAUGUUUUGGAAAGACCGGAUACCUAUGUAGGAAGUACGGAGAGGAUGAAAAAGAAGUUAUUCUGCUUGGAUUCUGUUAAUAAUAUCAAAUUGAAGGAAGUUGAUUUUAUACCUGCAUUGUAUAGAAUUAUUGAUGAAAUUUUGGUCAAUGCUGUGGAUAACCAUCAUAGAAAAGGAACACAUACUAAUGAACUGAGAGUCACAAUUGAUGAAGCAAAAAAUUGGAUUCACAUCCGAAAUAAUGGCAAGUCAGUUCCAGUGGAAAUGCACAAGAUUGAGAAAAUUUACGUCCCUGAAUUGGUAUUUGGUAACUUGUUGACUGGUUCUAAUUUUGAUGACAAUGAAGUUAAAUUCACAGGAGGUAGAAAUGGAUACGGAGCAAAAUUAGCAAAUAUUUUCAGUACAGAUUUUACUAUUGAAAUUAUGGAUCACAAAGGUACACACUAUAUUCAAAAUUGGAAGAAGAAUAUGAGUCAAAUUUCAACACCUACCAUUGUGGAAAACAAACAAAAAACAGAACCAUACAUUCAAGUUUCAUUCCAUCCUGAUUUUAAGAAAUUCCAAAGUACUGGACUAAACAAGGAAUUGAACAUGAUCGAUUUACUCAAGAGAAGAAUUUAUGAUCUUUCAGCUUGUAAUCCAAAGUUGAAUGUUUAUCUGAAUGACAAGAAAGUUGAAGUUGAUAAUUUCAAAGAAUAUGUGAAAUUAUUCUAUCAAAAUAACAGCUCUGGAGAGCAUCCAGAAAAGAUGUUUGUUCACAAGCAUAUUUGUGAUGGAUGGGAAAUUGCCAUAGGAGCAUCAGUUGGAGAGGAAUUUAAUCAAAUUAGUUUUGUAAAUAGUAUUGCCACAGUUCAAGGAGGAUCUCAUGUGAAUUUUGUUCUCAACCAACUUUCCACAAAAAUCAGCGAAUAUAUUGCCAAGACUUAUACAGACCUCCAAUUAACAAUCUCCCCAUAUAUGGUUAGAAAUCAUAUCACUCUAUUUAUUAAUUCUCUUAUUGAAAAUCCUACUUUUGACAGUCAAACUAAGGAAACCCUGACAACCAAGUCUAUUUCAUUUGCCCAAAAAGUGGUCAUUUCCAAUGAUUUAAUCAACAGUAUUGCUAAUCAUACCCCAAUAAUUGACAAUAUUAUUGCCUUUGCAAAUUAUAAGCAAUCAUCAGCUAGUUCUAAAAAGUUCAAGAAGAGAGAAUCAAAAUUAUUGAUUCCAAAAUUGGAUGAUGCCAACUUGGCCGGAACUAAUAGAUCUAUGGAAUGUGUCUUGAUUCUUACAGAAGGUGAUUCUGCCAAAGCAUUGGCUAUUUCUGGUCUCUCUGUUGUUGGAAGAGAUAGAUUUGGAGUCUUUCCACUCAAAGGUAAAUUAUUGAAUGUGAGAGAAGCAUCUGCUGACCAAAUUAGAGAUAAUCAGGAAAUUCAAAACCUCAAAAAGAUUCUUGGUCUCGAUGACGUUUCCAAAACUGAUUCUUUCGAAGAAUUGACCAAAAGAUUGAGAUAUGGUAAAGUCAUGCUAAUGUGUGAUCAAGAUCACGAUGGUUCCCACAUUAAGGGUUUGCUACUCAAUAUGAUUCACUUCUUUUAUCCUGAAUUGUUGAGAAAUAAUUUUGUGGAUGAAUUCAUUACACCAAUCAUUAAGGUAUCAAAAGGAUCUGAUGUUAAAAGCUUCUUCUCCAUUCCUGAAUUCCAAAAUUGGUGGACCAAAGUGCCAGAAAAUGAAAAGAAUAGAUGGAAUCAAAAGUAUUACAAGGGUCUGGGUACCAAUUCUUCAAAGGAAGCCAAAGAUUACUUCUCCAAUCUGAAACGACACGUCAUUGCACUGCAAUAUGAUGACGAUAGUGAACCUAAUAUUGAAUUGGCCUUCUCCAAAGAUUUGGCAAAUGCCAGAAAGUCAUGGGUAGCUUCUCUUAAGGAUGGAACUUUCCUCGAUACAACAAAUGGCAAGGUGACCAUAACUGACUUUAUUAAUAAUGAACUUAUUCUCUUCUCGAAUCAAAACAAUAUCAGAUCUAUUCCAUCUAUUGUGGAUGGACUCAAACCAAGUCAACGUAAGAUUCUCUUUGCUUGUCUCAAGAGAGAUCUCAAAGAUGAAAUCAAGGUAGCUCAAUUGGCUGGUUAUGUCAGCGAGCACAGUGCCUAUCAUCAUGGUGAACAAUCUCUGUACGGAACCAUUACAAGCAUGGCCCAAGACUUUGUUGGAGCCAAUAAUAUUCCAUUACUGUAUCCAAGUGGUCAGUUUGGUACUCGUCUACAAGGCGGUGAUGAUGCUGCCAGUGCCAGAUAUAUCUAUACUAGAUUGAACAAGCUUACACGAUUGAUUUUCCUCAAGGAAGAUGAUCAAAUUUUGGACUAUCAAGAAGAGGAUGGUAUGAUUAUUGAACCAAAGUUUUAUCUUCCAAUUAUUCCAAUGUUGCUUGUCAAUGGAGCAGAAGGUAUGGGAACUGGUUGGUCUACAUCUAUUCCAUCUUUUAAUCCAAUUGAUUUGAUUGAUUCUUUGAAUAUUCUUCUUGAUAGUAAUGCAGAAAAUAUUGGAAAUGUGAAAUUACCAUCACUUGAUAUGUGGGCCAGAGGAUUCAAGGGUAAAAUUGAAAUGAAUGAUUCUGGAAAGUUUAUCUCCAAAGGUAUUUUCAAAAUGAAAUCUAGAGGUGAUUCAAUUGAAUUUGACAUUUCAGAACUUCCAAUUGGUGAAUGGACAGAAAAUUAUAAAUCACACCUCCAAUCGUUGGUAAAGAAGGGUUUAAUCAAAUCCAAGAUUACUGAAAGAAAUACUGAAAAUAGUGUAGGAUUUACAAUUGCAAUCAAUGAUCCUGAUGAAUUCUCUGAAUCACAAUUGAAAAAGUUGAAAUUAGAGAAAUCCUUCUCUCUUUCCAAUAUGACUGUAUUCUCUGAAAAUUUCGAUAUUAUUCAAUUCAGCAAUGUGAAUGAUAUUAUCAAACAAUUCUACUUGGUCCGAUUGUCCUACUAUCAUCAAAGAAAGAGCCACUUGAUGAAACAAUUGGAAAAACAAAUUAGAAUAUUAUCCAACAAGGUUAAAUUCUUGAAUUUUAUCACUUCCAAUGAAUCCAAUUUGAAUACUUUCAUCAAGACAAAGAAGGAAAAUAUUCCUAGCUUCCUCACCAAUGUAGUUGGCAUUGUGGUUGAUCCAACAACAAUAGAACAAUCCUUCAAUUACCUCACCGAUAUGAACAUUCUCAGCUUGACUCACGAACACAAGGAUAGAAUUAACAAACAAUUAGAGUCUGCCCAACAAGAAUUGCAACAAGUCAGCUCCGAUGAUCCAAAGCUAAUGUGGAAGAGAGAUUUGAAGAGGUUGAGAGAUGAACUGACCAAGAGUGAAAACUGGGUCGUUUAA